AUGGGGCCCCCUACUGACCCCGGGCCCUCGGGCAGUGCCCGAGUUUCCAAAUGGUCAGUCCGCCCCUGGAGCACUGAUGAUCAGUGUGCCCUGAUGAUCUGUGUAGCCCCAGCAGUGCCACCUGGCAGUGUCCAUCAGUGCCAGCUGUUAGUGCUCAUCCAUUCCACCUGCCAGUGCCACAUUAGUGCCACAUUUCAGUGCUCAUCAGUGCCAUAUCAAUGCCCAUCUGAGCUGCCUUUCAGUGUCACCCAUCAGUGCCCCCUAUCAGUGCCAGUCAGUGCCGCCUAUCAGUGUGGAUCAGUGCCGCCUAUCAGUGCCCAGCAGUGCUGCCUAUCAGUCCCGCCUAACAGUGCCAGUCAGUGCCACCUAUCAGUGCCAGACAGUGGCGCAUAUCAGUGCUGCCUAUCAAUGCCAUAUAUGAGUGCUGCCUUUCAGUGCCCAUCAGUGAUGCCUGUCAAUGCCCAUCAGUGAUGCCUGUCAAUGCCCAUCAGUGCCACCUACCAGUGCCUCCUCAUCAGUGCCCAUCAGUGCUACCUAUCAGUGCCCAUCAGUGCAGCCUAUCAGUGCCCAUCACUACAGCCUAAUUAGCGCACAUCAGUGAAGGAAAAAUCACUUAUUUACAAAAUUUUAUAACAAAAACUAAGAAAUUUUUUUUUUCAAAAUUUUCAGUGUUUGUUGGUUUGUUUAAGAAAAAAUAA